UUUAUUAAUAUAGGAGAAUAGUAUCUGCGGUUUCUAUAUACAGGAUAUUUUUCCUCACAAAAUCUGAUCAUGUUUUACGACAGGAAAUUAAUGAACAGUUCAUAUAUAAAGAAUAUAUGGCGGGCGGCUAACGAUCAAAACACUAAUUUAGAAGAUGAAAAACUGCCGGAUAUUUGUGGCUGGCUAGAUAAAUGGAUCGGCAGCGACUGCAACGAUGGACGAAGCCGUCUCUCGCUCCGCACAGCGGCUGUGCUUAUUGAUGGCGCAGCCAAAGUAUAUGAAAGGAAACUUAAGAGGUUGUUUGAAGAUAUUGAUAAUUUAGAAAAGGACAUGAUAAAGCGUAAUAGGUUAAACAACGUCGGACUUGAUGAUUGUAGUCUACAGUCUACGGAAAAUGAUGACGUAAGCUUGACAUCUUCAGAUGAGAAGUCUAAAGGUCCAGAUACAUCUAAUAAUGAAUCUAACCUAACAGAUGGAAGUAGUAAUGAGAUGUCAAGCCGAGACGAGGACAAUGUGCCGCGCUGUACUAUUGAAAACUCCGAUGAUAUUUCAAACUCCGAGUAUGUCGGACAGUUGAGCACAAGUAUAGAGCUCAUAGAAAGAACAAAUACAGAAAAAACAAUCGAAAAUCAAACUUCUACCACAAACGAAGGGAUCACAGAAGGUUGCUCAUUCGAUAAGGACCUACCAUUUGGUUAUAUCAUGGUCUAUGACAAUGUUCAUGAUAGAAUACCGAGCAAAAUCAUUUUUUCCUCAUUCGAUCGUAAGAUAAAGAAGUUAAUUUGAUUGAAUUUAGAUCCAUUUAUGUGAUCUUUUUUUUUUAAUUUUUUUUUUAUAUAUUUCCUUAUUGUGCUACCAAGGAAAAUCAGUGUUUACCUUAUUUAAUCGUAAAAUACAAAAGUUAAUUAUGGUUUUUAGUACCAUCAUAAUAUUAUAUUAUCAUAAUAUUUUUUUUUUUUUUGGAAAUUUUUAAUCCGAUUUAGAUCAGGUUUUUUUAUUACAUCGAUCGUUAUAAAAGUGAAUAAAUAAUCAGUACAGUAAUAAAGUAUAUUUCCUUUUGUUAU